GACCUCAAUUCUUAUUACGUUAAACCUUAAAAUCAGGAUAUCUUGAACUCUAAAGCAACCAUAUAUUCUAUUGUUAGGUGCCAUAUUUGAGAUCCACAAACUAUCUAUAUCAUAAUCAAACGCCAUAAAGAGAAACAUCUAUUCCUAUCCCAAUUCCCAACCGACUUACCUCCUGCUAUAAAUAAGAACAGCUUCACCAAUCCUCCAUUGUUUCGUAUUCCAAAAAAUUAUUUUUUUUCUGGAAUGGCUGAAGAAACAGAGAUGAUAAGAAUGAUGGGGAGUGAUGGGAAGGAGGUGGUGGUGGAAGAGAAAGUAGCCAUGAAAUCUCAAACAAUUCGCCACUUGAUUGAAGAUAACUGUGCUGAAGACGUCAUACCCAUACCCAAUGUCACGGCCUCUGUUCUCUCUGAUGUGUUCUAUUACUGCAAGAGGCAUAUUGACUAUUCCUUGCCGAAUGAAGAACAGCUUGAGGAUUUUGAUGCCAAAUUUGUCGAUGUUGAUGUGGAUAAGCUUUACGACCUUAUUAUGGCGGCGAAUUACUUGGACGUGAAAGAUCUGCUUGAUCUGAUUUGCAAAAAAGUAGCAGACAUGAUGAGAGGGAAGAUGCCAGAGGAAAUCCGUAAAAUUUUUAAAAUUGAAAAUGAUUUCACGCCCGAACAAGAAGAGCAGAUCCGAGCAGAAAAUCAAUGGGCCUUCGACUGAUUUGGGCUUUUAUUUCAUUAAUUAAGAAGACCAUUUAAUUUGUCAGAUAUUGCAUCUUGUCUUUGUAGUGCUUUGCAUUCCAUUUUUAAGUUUAUCUUUUUUAUUUUCUUAUGAGAGUGUUUGAAAAAGAU